UGUACUGGACACACGUGAGCACCCUGGCCAGAUCGACGCCACGCGAACGCCUCAAAAUGCACUCCACAAACUCUCCCCGCAUGUCGCGUUGUACACCCAGCUCUCCCUCCUGAGCCACUCUUCUCAUUGGACCAAUUCCUACACAUUUCCACGGUCGACCAGAAGUCGUGCAUACACUUACCUUGUCCGGGUAAAGGCACCCCACAACCUUUCUCUCAACCUCGCUUAUGGAGUCUGGGCCAUGCAGCAGGGCUUGUCUGCCACGUGCGGUACAUCGCGACUUCUUGCACCAGACCACACGGGAAUCUGAUCUAGACGCGGAGCCGCAGCGGAAGAGACCAAUGGCCACAGCGACAGCAGCGGGAAGCCUGAGUCGAAGCUGUCGAGACGUCCUAUCGCAGGAUAUUGCCGCGAAGCCACACAUUCGUGAAUAGUGAGACUCCGCACGUGUGGCUCACGAUAGAUUGAAACGGAGUCAGAGCAUAUAGGAUAGUGCUAUCGCGUCUCCUUCGACUUCCAUCUCUCGCGUUAUCCCCUCUGCUCCUCCUUUUUCACAGCAGUCAUGGCGACAUACGACGAGAAGACUGCUGGGCAGAACCUCGAGCAAGUCGAGACGAACUCCGACAAUGCCUCAAAUCACUACCGUGCAGCAGGCGGCCUCGAGAAGGUCGAAACCCACGAGACCCUCGUCGCCGUCGAUAUCGAGAAUCACCAGGCCUUCAAGGGCGAUGACUCCGAUGGCAAGGUCGCGUGGACAGUCAAGAAGAUUCUUGCUGCGUGCUUCUUGAGCAUGCUGUACACUGGCUCUCAAAUUCCUCUCUACUUCACUGGAGGCACACUCAGUUUCAUCGCCAAGGACCUCGGUGCUGCUGAUAUUAUCGGAUGGCUGCCAGUUGCCAACACCUUGGCUAUCGCUGCUGUGUGCCCCUUUGUGGGUUAUCUGCAAGAUCUGUUCGGAAAGCGAUAUAUCGCCUUGUUCGGUGCUAUGCUUCUCUGCAUCGGCUGCAUUGUGCUCGGAACUGCUCACCAACUCGGACAAGCGCUCGCCGGUAUGGCUUUGGCUGGCGCUGGUGCAGGUAUCGGAGAAUUGACUGGUCUUGCUGGACUUGCCGAGACUGUCCCAGUCAAGCAACGAGGUUACUCUCUUGCGGUUUUGACCGCUUUCGUCCUGCCGUUCUGCCCAUACGUCAUGUACUCUGAGCUUUUUAGCACCCGCGGAUCCAACCCAACCUGGCGAUGGGGAAUCUGGAUCUCCCUCAUCUACAACGGCAUUACCCUUGUCGGUCUUGCCCUCUUCUACUUCCCACAUGCCCACGUUCGUGCCGAGGGAAUGAGCUUCGGUCAAGUCGCCAAGCGCAUUGAUUAUGUCGGCGGUGCUCUCUCUAUCACAGGUCUCACCUUGUUGCUCGUCGCUCUCCAGGCAGGUGGCUACACACACCCAUGGACCAGUGCCUACACCCUCUGCAUUCUCUUCUUCGGCAUCGGCCUCCUGACAGCCUGGGUCGUGUGGGAGUGGAAGUUUGCUAAGCACCCCAUGAUUCCAAAGGAGUUGUUCGUGGGCCAACGUGUCGUCGGCUUCUCCUUCGCAGUUGCAUUCGUUGCCGGCAUGAACUUCUUCAGUCUGCUCAACUUCUGGCCACUCACCAUCUCUACCGUAUGGAGCGCCAGCCCAAUCGCCAUUGGCUGGCGAGGUCUUCCAGUUGCCUGCGCGACUGCAUUUGGUGCCAUCUUCUGGAACGCACUCCUCAGUGUUUGGACCAGCGGCAUCCGCUACAUCCUCUUCCUGGCUGCGCUGAUGCUCACUGCUUUCGGUGGAUCCCUUGCAAGUAUGAGCCCUGACAACGAGUACCAGUCCGUGGCUCUGGCCUCUUUCGCUGCCUUCGGUCUCGGUGGUGUUAUUGUCCCAGCUGCUACAGCAGCUAUGAUUGCCUGCCCCGACGCUUUGAUCACCACCUGCGCUGCGCUGUCGCUCUCCGUCCGCGCUGUCGGCGGUGCCAUCGGAUACUCGAUCUACUACAGCGUCUUCGUCAAGAAGCUUACAGAGGUUCUGCCUGUCAAGGUUGGCACCUACGCCGUGCAAGCCGGUCUGCCAUUGCAGAGCGCUGAGGUUUUUGUUGGCACCUUCUUGACUGCUCCAACGGAAAUUACCGCUGUGCCAGGUGUUACCCCAGGCAUCCUCGCUCAAGCUGCUUAUGGCGCUCAAUGGGCUUAUGCUGAGGCUUUGCACCUUGUCUGGUACGUCAGUAUCGCUUUCGGCUUCUGCGCCAUGGUUUGCGCGCUGUGCAUUCCAAACACGAAGAAGUUCCAGACAAACAGAAUUGCUGUGGCCUUGUAAACUUGGUCGGAUGUGCUGUAGAUCAGCCAGCAAAUAUUGUUAUAAUCGCAGUAACAUGCAUUUCGACGUUGCGCGGUAACCAAGCAUUUCUCGUUAUGUGACAUUCAUGGAGCGUGGCGUCAAACAAACCGAUCGAUCGAUGCUGAGUCCUCAGUUGAUCCUCGAGCACUCCUCCAUCCUGUCUUAGUGGGCCUGCUGUGGGUCCAUCGUCUAUGACUGGCAACCUCAGGGCGUGCCAAGAUCUGAGAUCCUGUGUCCUUCAACAAUCACAUUA